AUGAGUACAACUGAAAAUAAUUGUGACAUAUUAACAGUAGAAAUGGAGCAACCUGUGAUGUUUACUCAGGACACAGGAGGUAACAUUGCCUUCUACUCUCAGAAUGAAACAUAUGAAGCAGACAAUUUGGAACCAUUACCGAAAAGGCCUUACUUCUACUCUGAGGAUGAUCAGAUCAUUGAUGAUUCUAUCCCAGGCAUGCUAGACCAUGCACUACCAGUUUGGGAAGGGGAUCCAAGCUUACGGCCUUGCUUCUACUCUGAUGAUGAUCAGAUCAUUGAUGAUUGUAUCCCAGGGAUGUUAGAGCAUGCACUACCAGUUUGGGAAAGGGAUCCAAGCUUUGAAGUGGCCAUGACCACCACCAAUAAGGAGAAAGGUCAUGGUAAUUCUCUAGAAGCCAUGAUGAAGUUCCAGGUUUUAAAGAAUGAGCAACUCAAUGGAACAUCUACCAUGGAUGAUGAGGAUGUUUCAGGAAGAAGCCAAGCAUGGCUUAUGACAAAAGAAGACAAGGAUUUUCUAACCAGUCAUGGACAUACAUGGAGGAAGGGCAUGUGGUCCAAGGAAGAAACUGAAACUUUGAUGCAAAAUAUUGAGAGCUAUAUGAACACACAUGGAUUUACAGAUGCUAGAGAAAUAAUAUUUGAGAUAUCCAAAGGCAAAAGAAAAGAUUUCUACAGGGCUAUAGCAACAGGCCUCAAUCGGCCAUUGUUUGCAGUUUAUAGAAGAGUGGUUCGCAUGUAUGAUGACAGAAACCAUGUGGGAAAGUAUACUCAUGAGGAGGUUGAGAAGCUCAAGGAGCUUCACAUACAACAUGGUAAUGACUGGGUGAAAAUAGGAGCAGCACUAGGAAGAAGUGCAUCUUCUGUCAAAGAUCGGUGCCGAAGGAUGGUGAACAUUUGCAACACUGGAAAAUGGACAGAAGAUGAAGAACAGAGACUUACAGAUAUUAUUCAUGAAUUGACAAGCACUGGACCAACUGAUAGUGUCACCCAGGGUGUGCCUUGGUCAGCUGUGGCUGAACGAGUGGGUUCCCGCUCAGAAAAACAAUGUCGUUCUAAGUGGCUCAACUACCUGAACUGGAAACAGAGUGGAGGCACUGAGUGGACCAAGAAAGAUGAAGCUAGUUUCAUCCUCAAGCUAGCAGAGCUUGAUGUUGCUGAUGAAAAUGAUAUCCAGUGGGAUCUUUUAGCCCAGGGAUGGAGCAGUGCACGUUCACCACAAUGGCUUCGAAAUAAAUGGCAGAACAUGAAAAGGCAAAUUGCAAAUUAUAAGGAUAUUUCAUUCCCUGUCUUAAUAAGACAACUUCAACUGUCACAGAAGAACCGUAAACACAAGAACUGCAAAUACAAACCAGACCUUUUGGAGAAUGAAUCAGAAUCUGAAGUUCCAAACACUAAUUCUUUUUCCAGUGUCCAGAAUGCUCAUUCCAGCAUAUUCACCUUGGAAGAUCAUGGAGCCAUCUUUCCAUUCUCCAUGCCAACAUUGCACACUCCAGACCAGGUCACUAAUGCACCUUCAACAGACUCCCCUUCUGCUGCUGUUGACUCAGUCCCAGUAGCACCCAACAGUAAAACACAAUAG